GAUUUUCCACCCGAAAAGGGGGUUACGGCUUUUAUACAUGCAGAUUGUUACCGCCCACCUGUGCCACAGGACAGCCAAUGAUUACAAAGCAGCGUCUGGAGGCGGGCGGUGAUUUGCGGAACGCGUCUGUGAGCCCCUCCCGCCUGUCAGAUUCAAUAGAAUCUGAUACGCGCGCUCUGGCUCGCGGCGUGGGCGGAAUCCCCUCGGUCAAUUUAUCAGCGAGUCACACACGAACUGUACACUGAAUGUCACACUCACUCGUGUCCCGCCCACCGCACUUGUUCAUAGACAAGAGAAACGCUUGCCAAGAGCCAUCAUUUCCAAAAGAAAUACACCCCUCCUCAUCCGAAGCACGUUUGGCAGAAUUUUUUUUUUUUUUUUUUUUUUUUUGGCGCUGCAGUGUCUCUCAUGGAUAAUAUGAUGUUGGGGUGGAGAUUAUCUACUGACAUGCAUCCAUGAAUAGCUGCUCUCGACUGUUUUUCAUGGGAAUUCAUCAUGUGGGCAGUAAAGCCGUGUUAAAUGCAUGCACGGCCGGUGCAGGUCGCGCAUGGCAGCGGGAGCGCGGGGAUUUCACGCACUCUGGUCACAUCCCUCCGCCUGUCAAAGCAACAGGUUGGAUUGCAUUUCCGAAUAUGAACACUGACAAAAUACAGACAAAUAAAUGCAAUAAUUAAUACAUUCAAGUACAAAUGCAUUCCAAUUUCGUUCUUUCUUCUUCUUCUUCUUCUUCUUCUUCUUAAAAAAAAAAAAAAAAAAAAAAAAAAAGCAACUUUAAAUCUUUUGAGAUAUAUGGCAAGCUGCUUCAACAUUCAUUAUUAGCAUGUAGGCUAUUCAUUCAUUCAUGUAUUGCAUAGCCUACAUAGUGACUGGUAAACAGUCAGUAGGCCUACAGUAGUAAAUAACAAUUGUAGUACCUGUCUUUUACAAUUUCAGAACAAUUUACUAGAUACUACUUGCUGUCACUAGUGUCCAUCUAUUCAGUAUGUCGCUAAUAAUUGCUUAAAUAUAGCACUUAUUCAUUUUCUAAUCACUAUCCCACGACGAAUGACUAUUGCAUUGUUACCUCUAACAAAUGACAUUUUUGCCACAGAUAUAUUUUCCACAGAUCACCAUUCAGCAAUUCACUUUCAACUAGUAUUUAUUUGUAGAGUUUUAAUAUUGAUUUAUCCUUAUUCGUAACUAGUUAUUAGUAAUAUCUAUUCCAAUGUUGCUAGUAAUACUGAACAGACACUACUUGUUUAGACAGCAAUGGAUUCCAUUUGGCACUAGCAACAUUUUUGCUCAUCUUGCAAGAUUUUUGAUGUAUAUAUUAAAUUUAAAAUUCACGUAGUGUAUAAUUAUAGUAAAAUUAGUCUUUAAAAUAUGAUUACGCUACUAUUAAAAAAAAAAAAAAAAAAAAAAAAGUAGUUCGUUUUAAAGAAUAAAUGUUUAAACGACUUGCCAUAAGAGAUGGACGUGCAAGGAAAUUCUGCACAUGUAAAUCUUUCUAAAGAGGCAUGAAUGUUGUGUGGUAGAAGAUGCGCGUCCUCCGGAUAAACCUGUUCUGGAGGGAGUGACUUGAUUCAAGCGCCGUCCAAUUAUCUGAUAGCAGCAUUUAUCCGCCGCUACAGCCCCAUCUAGUCAUCCGAAAACAGGCGUGAACCGAUGUGGAAGGAAUGCUCGUCUGAAUAUUUUAUCUAACGAAAAGAAAAGAAAAAAACGUGUGGAGAAAUAUAUUAUCGGGGAAAGACGCGGCUGAAUUGUGCCGCUCCAUUCACGCGACCCUAUUUUUAGGGCGCUCGCGCCGUGUCUACUAUCAGUAAUAGUGACUGCGCUCGCGUGAGAGACCGCUUACAAAUCUGCAGAGAAAAAAAAAAGGACGGGAGAGCUCCAGACAAACGGAAACUGUGGCCAGACUCCAGAGGAAGUCAAUUGAUUUCGCCCUUCUUGAUGAGAUAGAUUUACAAGCUUUGCCCAGCGUGUCUGUCAGACCGUCUGUCAAAGCAAUCAACAGUUGGUGCGAGCGCGCGAUUAAAGGGACUUUGCAUGCACGAGACGCUUCAGUGAUGGGUGUGUGAUUUCAGCACCUCAGUCCUAUGGACACCCGCUUGCGUGUGACUGAAUUGUUCAGUAAUAUGGAAGACAGACUGUUGCAUAUCGUGAUGCAUUGGAUGCUUUUGCGUGUUUAGUACAUUACAACAGACUAGAGACACAAGAAUGAGCAGUCUAUUCAUGGCUCCCGGUGCUUUUGCUUUUAUUCACGUCUUGCAUUUGGUGUAAAUAGACUACAGACACAGAGAUCACAUACAGUCCAUCUUUACUGGAUUUAAGGGUGCAUUGUUGUUUUACCCUUGACCUUGCCUUUUGACGCUCAAAAGCAGAAUGUUAAUGAUGGAGAGCAGCGGGAUAGACGCGCAUCAGGUUGAACUGGACGCCGACUAUGAGCCGCACUGCCGCCCGAGGUCGUGCACCUGGCCGCUGCCGUGUCCGGAGGAGGAGAGCCGAGCGCUGCCUGUGAAAGUGGAGCCGCGCAACGUGCCGGCGUGCCGGAGCGGAGGGGCGCCGACGGAGUUCAAGCAUCCAGCCGGCGCCCCUGCCCCUAUCGCGGCCGCCCCUGCGUGCAUGUCCGGCGCCGCGCUGGAUGUGGCCGGCCAGCUGCGCAAAUCCAAGUCGUCGCGACGGAACGCAUGGGGCAACCAGUCAUACGCGGAUCUGAUCACGCGUGCCAUUGAGAGCACCCCCGAGAAAAGGCUCACCUUAUCGCAAAUCUAUGACUGGAUGGUGCGAUUUGUGCCCUAUUUCAAGGAUAAAGGAGACAGCAAUAGCUCAGCCGGCUGGAAGAACUCCAUCAGACACAACCUUUCCCUACAUACUCGCUUUAUCCGUGUUCAAAAUGAGGGAACAGGAAAAAGUUCCUGGUGGAUGCUUAACCCAGAAGGAGGAAAGAUGGGUAAAGGACCCCGCAGACGAGCUGUAUCCAUGGACAAUGGCACUAAGUACCUGAAGAGCCGAGGCCGAGUCAGCAGGAAGAGAGCGGGAGCUGUGGGAAUGGGCCGAGAGCUUGGAGGACCUGGAAUACAAGGUUCGCCGGAACAUGGAAGUCCAGCGGGUAAGGGAGUAAUGGGAGUUGGGGGUGAAGAGUUUGAUGCCUGGACAGACCUCCACUCCAGAACAAGUUCCUCUGCGUCAACGUUAAGUGGAUGCUUGUCUCCUAUUCUGGCUGAGACAGAACCUGAUGAACCAGAGGAAGGAGGACUAUCCUGCUCUGCCUCCCCACGACUCUACCCUAGCCCCACCAGCACAAGAUCUCCAGCCCUGGGAACAGGCGGACAUUGUCCAUCUGUCGAGCUCCCGCACCUAGCUGAUCUAACUGGAGCCAUCAGCUUGGACGAGGGCUACUCUCAGCCUCUACCGCUUAAGCGCAAUGGCUAUCACUAUGGCCCUGGACCCAAAGGAGAGACCUCCUACUGUGGAACAGUCUAUGGCCAACCAUCCAUGGGCAUGCUUAGGCAUCAUACGCCUAUGCAGACAAUUCAGGAAAACAAGCCUACCAGCUUCCAGCGUGCCCUUAGGGCAUACUCAGAGAACAAUGCCCUUGAAAGUCUGCUUGCUGGAGGGCCACAAUACUGUGGUAAGGACAUGGUUGUGGGGCAAGGAGGAGCGUCCCAUUCACUUAUGUCACAAUCUAACAGUGCUGUGCACUCUCAUGGCCACAAUCAGAGCCACAAUCACAGCCAGAAUCACAAUCAUAACCCAGAGCAUGGCCACAAUCGCAAUUCCAGUCAAAGCCUACACAAUGGCCAUGGAGUAACUCACGAGCAAAAUCCAAGCCAUCAUCAUAAUCCCAAUCAAGCUCAUAAUAAGCAUCACCCAGGUCUUGACUACAAUCACCACAAACACCACCGUGGCCAUGACUAUGUUCAAUCUCAUGACCACAAACUCAACGCUAGUCCCAAUCCCAACCACAUGCACAAUCACCUGCAACACAGCAACUCCAGACAACCAGACCUUUCUCCCAGGGUAAACAAUGACAUGUUGCAACCCUACAAUCACAAAUCACCCAGCGUUUAUGGGUCACGUGCUCACCUUCCUUCCACUGCCCUGCCUCCUAACCCUGCCAGUGUCUUGGAUGUACCCCAAGACCCCUGUCGCUUGGCUUCAGCACCCCAUCCUCGUCAUCAGUCCUACCCAGGUUCCCACCUCCAUCAGGGCAUGACAGAACCCUGGCAGGGGUAUUACCACCACACUUCACAGAAUCCUAAUUACCAUGGCAACCACCAAGCUAACCAUCACCAGGAUCCUCACAACCGGUUGCAGUCUGAGCUGGAAAUGGAUGUGCACCAGAGCAGUCUGGAUUGCGAUGUGGAAUCCAUCCUCCUGAAUGACUUCAUGGACUCAACAGAAGGAAUGGACUUUAACUUCGAUGGGUCGCUAUCACAGGGCGUUGGCAUGGGAAUGGGUUUGGGGAUGGGAAUGGGAAUGGGGGUGUUUGCAGGACCUCAGCAAUCACACAACAGCCAGAGCUGGGUGCCUGGGUGAACUGUGGGGGCACUGUGGACCUACAUACAGGCAAACAUUCAACCAUACAGCCUUCUGAAGGGCAGCAGGUCAAGUUGGGAACUCAAAUGAACAAAUUGACCAAGAUUCCCUUUUGGUGAUGUCAGAUUCUGGACUCAUAAUUAUCCCUUGCCCAUCCCCUUAAAAUCCCCACCCCCCUCCUUCUACUUCAUUUACCCUGCUGUGGAAUAAUCUCAUAGCGCCCUAACAGUCCUUUCUGUGGUUCAUGUCCUUCAGUUUGUGCUCAAUUCAUCACUUUGAAGCACUUUACAUCGCCAUCCAUUCCAAUGCUGUAACGACCACCCCGCGACCUGGGAGGAAUCACAUUGUCCGCUGGCCUGGGUUUAAUGUAUGCAAACGACUUUGUUAUCCUUCCUGAACAAAAAAGUAAAUAAAUAAUUAAGCGUUGGUGUUGUUUUACUAAACAUGAGUACAGGAUUGAGCAGUUGCUAUAGCUGUCUGAGUGUCUGUGCUGUCAUUUGUGCAUUUGUCAAUGUGUGCGGGUGUAUGAGCGUCUGAGUGUGGAGCUGCUUUUCACUGGUAAAUGUACGCACCUCCUCCCAAGGAGGUCUAUUGGAUGUCCCUUUAUUGUGGGCCAGGACAGUCAUCCAUCAGACACACUCUAUUGAUAUUCAGCAUAUCCUUUUUAAUCUCCAAAGUAAUGCACCAGCUAUGCAUCACUGUUGCAAAUAGAAUGUGAUGCUUGGAGUGCGCAGGGCUGUUUUUCCCCCGGACACACAACGGCUUAAUGUGUUUUGGCGAAAGUGAUGAUUAAAGUCACUCUGCAGUAAGUGGGGGGCAGGGGGAGGGGGUAUUAGAAGGAGGUAGGGAGGGCAGAGAUAGAGAGAUAGAGGGGGAAAAGGAGAAAUGCAAAUAUUAUCACUAUGCCCCCUUCCUCUCCAUUCUGUGAAUUUAUAAAGCUUUCCCUGUAAUGAAAUAAGGAACGAUCCAACACUACCGCACAUCCUGUGCAGAGCUUUUUCCUGGUUCACCUCGGCCUAGCUACUCUGUGGCAGCCUUUCUCGCUCUUCAGCCAAUGCACUGGCUUUAUUUUGGCUACAAUAGCAUCCUUUAUUAUCUGUCUGUGUUACCCUAGGUAAUCAAUGAUGAUUGAUCAAAUUUGAAGCUUUGUUCACCCACAUUAACUGUGUGUUCAUUUAAUACAGUUCUGAAAUUUGGAAAUUUAUCCUUAAUGGGUUAAAGCUUGACUAACUUGACUCAGUAAAUAUUGGAUGGUAGUGCUACCUCAAGGUUGCAAAAAGGAAGGUGUCCCAUAUUUGAGGUCAUAAGUUGACAAUUCCACCAUCUUCCAGAGCUUUUGUGUCCUACACUAGUGAACUGCAUGUUGAUUAAUCCAGUCAGCAAGCAAAAAAUGGGUGCUAUCUUCUCUUUGCAGACUUCCCCUAUCAUGUUGUCCUUAUCCAGUGAUCUCGCAGACUCAAGUAAUUAAGUGCAAGUGUGUAUUUUCUCGUUCUGAAUGUAAUAAAACACCAAGGAUUCAGAGGGAAGGACUCUUCAAAUUAUUCCAUGACUUGGUGAGGUUGGAGGAAACAUAUGGGAUACAUUUAUGCAUACAGUGGAGAUACAAGUUCCAGUAUCCUAUUAUGGCCACUAGAUAGGGAUGGACAAAGUAAUGGAAACACCACAUGGAAUAGGAUCAGAAUGAAUAUAGCUACAAAGCAGAGUCUAUUAGGUUGAUUGCCAAUUACAAAACAUGUCAGGUAUAAAAGAGAUUGGACAGUUAGCACUUUGAAUCGAGACGUUUCGAAGAAACAUGAGACAACUAACAGGCUUUCAAAGCUGAAUAGUCUGUAUGGGAAUUGCUGAUGCAUCCAUGUCAAAAAUUGCUAAAUUAUUUGUUUUGUCAAGGGAGACAGGAUCAAAAAUAAUGAUAGCAUAUGCCAAACAUAGUAAAACUGCAUUGGCAAAGACAAACAGAGGUCGAAAACGUACAAAGUACAGCAUCAAAAAUAUAUGAAUUAGCACCUCUCUGACAAAGUCUCCACAAAAGGCAUUUUCCAGAAUUAGAUUGUAAAGCACUGUCUACACUGCAGUGUUUCAUAAUUACAGGAUUAUAAUUGCUCCAUGCACACUACUAAACAAAUUCAAGAGUGGUUUCAUGGCUGCGAGGGUAAAGUCGCUCUCCAUGGCCAAUCACCAAAUCAUUUUUGAAUUUGCAUGUAAUGUUCUAGAGCACAAAGAAUAGGUUCCACCCCCAUCAUUAUUAAAGAAUUGGAGAAGUCUGUUCCUUUAGAAUUCCAACAAGAACUUAAGUUGUGGAAGAACUUUUAUUAGGUCCUAAAUAUUAAUACUGUGUUUGGUGUUUCAGGUUAUUUUGUCCACUCUUUGUCUCUUUAUUUGCUUUUGUCUACCAUUAUUGAUGUUGCGUAAAGUGCACCCACCCCAACCCCCCCUCCUUUUUUCUUUUUAAAAAGAUGCCGCCAGGUGCUUUCUCAGAGACUGAAACUGUCCACAGAUACAUGACUUGGAUUCAGCUUUUUGUUCUACUUAAAUUUUGAUGAGGAAAAACGUACAUGGAGAGAGAAAUGGAGAGGGCGGUUAAAAAAGAUAGAAGAAGCUGACAGAGCGAGUUGAAAAGGACGGCACUAGGUUGCUUGAAAGAAAGAAAAAAAAAGCCCUCACAGAUAGAGAUGGUGUGCGUGCAUGAGAGAGAGUGUCUGUCAGAGUAGCUUCCCUCAGCAGAGCUGUUUGAAUCAGGCCAAAUGUCAAGUGGCUCUCUACAGUGUUUCUCACACAGCCCGAUCAGAUAGCCAUCCCUCUUUCUCACUGUCUCUCUUUUCUGCCAAGGACAAUGAGCCCUGUCUUCAUCCGCUUUCAUUCCCAUCUUUAUGUUCUUUUUGAGGUGGCCAGGAAUCUGUUGUUAUCCAACUGUGUUUUUGAUUGCUGGCCCACGUCUGCUUCAGUGCUCAGCUUCAUGUGUGUGUGUGUGUGUGUGUGUGAGUGUGUAUGUGUGUGUGGAGCACAGUGACGUACCUGAAAUAAUAUGAAAAUGAAUUGAAAUUGUGCCCUGGUAUUUUCAAUGCCUGGCUAUCAAUAAUAUAAUAUACACAGUUUAUAUUUAUUGGGUAUAAAGUUGGGCUUGUGGAUGAUGGUAUGGAGCUCCUGUAUCCCAUUCAUCUAUAUUACAAGAUCAUGAUUCUAUUACAGUUAAUUUCUGUUUCAUGCUGUACAAAAAUCUGUAUUGAAAAAAUUGUAUAAUAUUUUUUGACAAGCAAAUAUCAGUUUUAUUUCUUUUUUUAAAUGAUGUAUCUGCUCAUCUUGUGGCCUGUAAAAUAAAACAAAAGAGAACUUGGAAAAA